AUGCCGGGAUUCAGCACCACCGAACUAAUUCAGAAUAACGAUAUCCAGAUAUUGGAUCUUGGAAUUGAUGUUAAUAGUUUUGUGGACGCAUUUGGGAGCGGCUAUGCUUUUGCUGAAGCUCUCCUGGCCAAUUCGACCUUUCAAUCACCCGAGUCUCGUCCCCUAUAUAACCCAUCCCAAGCUCGAAUAUCGAUAUUAGGGCAGGAUGAAUACACUAUAGGCACAGAUUCUUUCUUGGACGAUGACGAACAGGAAUUCAUCAAACUACCAGAAUGGAGACCAAGGGCCUUGGAGGCUUUGAGCCCGUAUAUUCCAGAUACCGACCAAGCCAAUUGGUUGAAUGCCCUUAGUUCAUACUUUACUUUUAUCUCCCGCUACACAUACGAACCUAGCAAGUUACUGAAGGUAACUAAAAAUCUUACUGUGGGCUAUAUAUGGCUGAGCUCUGCACGCCUUGGGCUACUGGGUAUUGCCGCCCUUUUCCAUUCACAACUCAUUGAGGCAGCUAUCACUUCAAUCCAACGCGAGGUAGCACAACCUGGAAUACCCAUAAACGCUAGCUUAGCGGGAAUCUCAAUGAUUCUCUCAUAUCAUUGUUUCUCAGGCAACUCAAGUGCAUAUCUGACGUGGAUCGAGACCGCGCUACCUAUGAUAAAAGCGCUGGUUGGUUCCAAGCCGGUGGCAUUACAUCGGCUGCAUGGUUUAGAAACUAUCGAUGUUCGAACCUUUGUUUGGGGCGACAUUUUCACUGCCAUCUCUUCAUCACAGCCUACGAGACUCGUUUAUGACUGCAACGCCGAAGUACUCCUAAAAAAGAACCGAGAGGGACCAAAUCUUGUUGGUGCGGAUAUGGAAAUUGGACUGGAGUGGUUGUGUGGACUUCCCGACGCAAUGCUGCUACUGAUAAUCCAAAUAAUCAACCUGCGUCACUCAUCCCUUCCCGAGACAGAGCGUUUCGCCCAAGCAGCAAAAAUUGAGAGCGCACUGAGGGAUUGGAAGGUCUGGCCAAGCGAGACAACAAAUUCGGUAAUGAGGGUACGGCGCAUGGCGACACAGGAGAUUUGGCGGCAUUUUACAAUAUUGUACCUUUAUCAGGCGAUUCACAAGGCUUCACCUAGUCACGAAGUAGUGCAACACUGUGUAAGCCAGAUCUUCAAACUUGGGUCAACUCUACCCCUAGGAAGGAACCCGGAUUGUCUGUUGUCCGUUCCCUAUUUUGUUGCUGGAACCUUUGCAAUUUCACCCAAACACCGACAGUUAUUUAGGAGCCGACUGCUCGGGUGUGGCUUGGAGGCAUAUGGACAGGCAUUAGCGAAAGCAUUGGAAGAACUCUGGCAGAGAUCACUCGACCCUAGCAAACAUGAUGAUUGGACUACGAAGUCUCCGCCUAUUGUUAUUUUUUCUUGA